AAAAGAAAAAGAAAAAAGAAAAAAGGGAAGAGGAACGUGCGAAAAAGCGGCGAGCUCGUGCUGAACGAUGAGGAAGAUGGCGGGCUUGGUAAAUCGUCUCACAAUGGGAGGUCUUGCGCUGUCGAUCGGCCUCUGUUUCGUCGUACGGAGUGCAGUCGUCGCCGCGCACGGUCAGCAUGAACAUCUACUCAGCAGACGACGUUCCAACGGCGGUACGAGAAUGACAACGAUCGGGACGGUGGUCGGGAUCUCGAGGCUGCUCGUCCUCGUGCCUGUCACCGUCUGCGCGACCAUUUCCUACGUCGACCAACAACAACCGCCGCGAUGCAGCGACCGAACACCGCCAUCCCAGACGUUGGCCAAGUGUCAAUACGACGACGACUGUAUGAAGAAUGCUUACUGUUGGAAUCAAGAAACCUGCCUGUGCAAAGAUAAUUAUAUCGCGUAUAAAAAUCGCACACACGUGGAAUGCCUGAGAGUGGCGAAUGCCAUCGGAGACCCCUGCGAGGAGGACAUUCAGUGUCACGUGACCUUCGCCCCUUACUCGGAGUGCCGACAAAGUAUCUGCCAAUGCUCCGACGGUUCUCACUACGAGGAAGGAAGGUGUUACAAGUCUGUAGGACUGGGACUUCCUUGUCAAACGCACCGGAACUGCUACAUCAAGGACAGUUACUGCGUGACAGGAUUCUGUGCGUGCACCUUGAAGUAUCAUCCGAAUCCACGCAACGAUGGUUGCAUUCCAAGUCUUGAGCUAGGCGACAAGUGCAGCAACGAUUACGAGUGCGUCACGGAGAACUCGAGGUGCGUCGGCAACUGUUCGUGCAAAGUGGAUCACGUGUUGUCGAGCGACGGCAAACGAUGUCUGAAAGUUAGCAAUUCCGUGGGCGAACCAUGUCAAGAGGACUCUCAAUGCCAGUUGUUUCAGCUGGAGACCGAGUGCGGGCCCAGUGGCAAAUGCAGCUGUAUCGAGAACUACCAUCAACGCGGCUCCAUAUGUCUCCGAGAUAGAUGAGCCGCGACAGCUGCAACACCUUGGCUUCUUCAAGGUCUAGCUCUUCUAUUCUUUGCCAGUUUUUCAAUCUUGUGAGCAUCAUUGAGCAACGAUUCAAGAGACACGGCAGUCGUUCGUAACUUCACAAUUGUACAACUUAUAUUUAUUAAUUACGUUCCCCCUCUCAUUGUAAAUACGCUGCAUUCGUGUAGAUAGAGACGAACAUAUCGCUACCAAAGAUAAAUCCAUUUUCUCCAGCCGGUUCGUAUUUAUUUAUAUCACAGAAUGUUAAUCACUGUUGAACGUGUAUCAAACACUUGUUGGCCAACGGAAACUGAAUCAUUCCAUUUUACGACGAUAAAGUCGACUGAAAAGAAUUUGUUAUCUCCGUAUGGACAUGUAAAUUUAAUUAAGAAAUGGAAUCAUCCAUGUAGUUUCAUGGAACGUUAAAUAUAUUGCACUGUUAAAAACUGACUCAGCCUCUGUUGUCCAAUAAUCAAUGCAAAUAAUAUCAUGCAAAGAUCGUACAGUUGCUUUCAUAAUAAUGUUACACUAGAGCGCAUAGCAACGAAAGAUAAUUUAUAUGGAAAUAUAUGCGUUGACAUACGAUCUUUGGCCUUUAAUUUGUUGCGUUUACAUUUCCCAAUGCUCGAGUAACACGUUCAAUCUCUGUUACCAUUAUUAUUAAAUGGUCAUACCAGAUUUGUCAGUAAUUUCAUUUUAUAUUCAUUUCAUCAUGAAUGUCAACUGAUAGUUGAAAUUAUUUCGACCAUACGCAAUCCUUUUUCUAAUUUUUGAAACAUGCAGAAAGUCAGAAAUAUUUCGCUUUCACGAUACAAAUUUGAAAAUUCUUUUCAAUGAUAAUGUACGUUGAAAUAUGCAAAAAGGUUUAAUUAACUUUUUCAUCGAUGACGUGUAUCGAAAUUGAUAUCGAAUCGUACAAAAUUGGCAAUUGCAAGAGGAUGAUACGAAUGGUUCUGCGACUCACUGUACAAAUAAAACAGCGAAGUGAAAAUUUUUCAAAAAUUCUACAAAAUUCUCGAUUCAUUUAAUCGUCAGUGUGACUGCUUUGAACGACGACGAUUUUGAUCUGUCAAACAACUUACGAUCGAAAAUUUCGCUACAGCGGAUUCCUCUGAAUCAAAGAAAGAUAAUGUGCAAUACAAAACCAAAAAGCCUCCAAGAAGUCUGACUAAAGUGAAGAAAACAUAGAAAGAGCAUUGUGAUAAACACGAUUGAACAAGCAAUAUUUCAGUCAACAUCAAAUCAGCAAUCUGACAGUAAUAAUAAUAAUAAUGACAAGUAACAUAAAAUCCACUAGAGGAUCAUACUAGCGGAUUGAACGUGUUAAACGACGUUCUGCGCGGAGAAUUUGCCAUUUUCCAGUCUUCCUUUAUCAUGUCCGCGGCCUUUUCAGCGAUCAUAUAAGCGGGCGCGUUCGUAUGGCCUGCUAUUAUAGUUGGGAUUAUACUGGCAUCCACAACUCUCAGACCGUUGAUCCCGUGCACCCGUAACCUAUGGUCAACCACACCUGAGUUCCUCCUCGGGGCCAUCUUGCACGUUCCUACGAAGUGACCCAGGGUCGUGCUCACGUGCCUCGCAACGCAAGCCCAGUACGGAUUAGAAUCAAACGAGAUGUGUUUGCAUCCUGGGAACCCGACCGGCAGUAACGUCGCGUUGAAACGUUUGAAGGCUUUCGUCGACGCAACUUUCACAGCCUGAAGAAGCCAGUAAAAAGUCAUUUUAUGACACAGUAGAGCAGCAAUGGUGAAUGUAACAGCGAUAGUCGUGUAUAAAUAAAAACCGAUAACUUUGAACCUCUUAA